AUGAAAACACUUUCUGAACCAGUCAAAGGUAAUCCGCUUGAAUCUGGGUGGUGUUCAUCACCAGAAUCUUCCGUUGAUGUGGAUCAUAGAGGUGUUAAGCGUUCAAAUAGUGAAACUUCUGCUUCUACUAAUCUGAGCAACAUGCAAGGAACUGAUGUCAAAUUAAGAUUUGCUUCUGAGCCCACCAAUAACCACGAGGAUUGUAGCCCCAGUGGGUCACAUCAUUCUGAAAAUUCAAGUCUCUUGAGAAACAGAAGCCAUGGAGCUGGCGAAAGAAGUAGACGUAAGCGAUGGAGGGGAAGAUAUGAUGAACUGGAUUUUAUUUCUGAUAAUCAUUUUAAUCGAUGUGGAAAACAAGAGGGAGUGGAAAAUACCAACGUGGAAGAAAAAUAUGAAAUUGUUCUUCGGAUGAAGGAGCUAGCUAGCAGAGGAAUGGCUGCUGAGGUUGUGGAGGAAAUUAAUGCAUUAGAUCUAAACUUCUUUAAGCAAAAUCCUGUUUUGUUGUUCCAAUUCAAACAGAUUAGUGUAGUUUGUACCAGCUGUAGCUUCAGCCUUGAAUAUUAA